CAUAGGGUGCUCAAAACACUUCACUAAACCAGGUCUUCUUUGCACCUACCUUUCUUUAUUUCAUAGAGAGCUAUAGCUCUCUAACACCAGAAAUGAUUGAUCAUGGCCUUGAAGAUACCACCCAAAGUAAAAGGUCCAAAGGUGGAUGGAAUGCUGCCAUUUUCAUCAUUUUUGUUGAAGUGGCAGAGAGAUUCACAUUCAUUGGCCUGGCCAGUAACCUCAUCAUGUACCUCACAGAUGAGCUCCAUGAACCCACCUCCACAGCAGCUAAGAAUGUAAACACUUGGGUUGGUGUAUCUUGUGUGUUCCCCAUAGUUGGAGCCUUCAUAGCUGACUCCUAUCUCGGACGGUUCAAGACUAUCGUUGUGGCUUCCUUCAUUUAUUGCACAGGAAUGGUUUUGCUAAUCUUAUCAGUCUCGGUAAUACCUUGGCAUUAUCGAAAAGCAUUGUUUUUCUUUGCACUUUACAUACUAGCAGUUGGUGAAGGUGGGCAUAAACCAUGUGUACAAACCUUCGCAGCAGACCAAUUUGACCAGAACUUGCCCGAGGAAAAGAAGGCCAAGAGCUCAUUUUUCAAUUGGUGGUACUUCGGAAUAGUGGUUGGUGCCACUUCUGCCAUAAUAGUGGUAGUAUACAUGGAGGACCAUAUAAGUUGGGUGGCAGGGUUUGGAACAUUGGCAUCAACGUUGGGAGUGUCGCUGGCAAUAUUUCUUUUAGGGAUAAAGAGGUACAAGAAGCAGGGUCCCAUUGGGAGCCCAUUCACUAAGGUGGUGCAGGUGUUUGUGGCGGCCGCACGUAAGUGGCGCGUGAACGAUACACAUGACGUUUUGGGUGUUUGUUUUGGAGAAAAGUUAAAUGAUGUCCAAGUGGAGGCUCAACCAACAGUAGCUCAAAAUUUGGCUCAUACUAAACAAUUCAGGUUUUUGGAGAAAGCAACUAUCAUUGACAACAUUGAUGCAUCAAGUGAAAGUAGAAAUCCUUGGAGGCUAUGCUCACUAAAUCAGGUAGAGGAGGUGAAGCUUGUCCUCCGCCUCAUUCCCAUAUGGUUGAGUUCCUUAAUGUUCGGUGUAGUUGCGACCAAUAUUUCGACCUAUUUCACCAAGCAAGGUAGUACAAUGAUCCGAUCAAUCGGACCCCACUUUCAGAUUCCAGCAGCAUCACUUCAAGCCUUUGUUGGCAUAACUAUCAUGAUCACUGUUCCAUUGUAUGACAGAGUUUUAGUCCCAAUUACAAGAAAAUUCUCUGGACACCAGUCUGGUAUUACUUUGCUACAAAGGGUUGGCAUUGGUCUAUGUAUAUCAUUGCUAACUAUGGUUGUGGCAGCUCUAGUAGAGGCUAAAAGGGUUAGCAUUGCAAAACAAUAUGACCUUGUUGACAAGUAUAAAGAAAUUGUUCCAAUGAGUGUGUGGUGGUUACUUCCACAAUACAUACUAAGUGGCUUGGCUGAUAUGUUCACAUUUGUUGGGCUCCAAGAAUUGUUCUAUGAUCAAAUGCCAGAGUCAUUGAGAAGCUUGGGAGCGGCAGCAUAUGUUAGUGUUUUAGGAGUAGGAAGCUUCAUUAGCAGUGCUAUUAUAUCUAUUGUGCAGGCAAUCAGCUCAAGUUGUGGUGAAAAAUGGCUUGGUAACAAUCUUAAUCGUGCACACCUUGAUUACUUCUAUUGGGUGCUAGCAGGGUUGAGUGCCUUGAACCUGUGUGUAUAUCUAUGGAAUGCUAUGCGUUAUAUGUACAAAAAACUUGAAGGGGAUGAGAUACUUGCAUCAAAGUAGUAUUUAUUCGCUGCAUAUACAUCGAUGGAUCAAUGAUGUGAGACUAUGGGGCCUUAAGCUGUAUGGUGUGUUG